AGAAGCGUGUGUGUAGUACUUUAGUAUUUAGAAUGUCGAAAAUACAAACGAUUAACAAAAUGUUUGAUGAUUUUAGUAAGACGUAAACCUUAAACAAUAGUCGUGAAAAACAAUGGAUAAAUAUAGGACUGCAUACAAAUGAUAAGUUCAUCCACUCCAAAGGACUACAACUAAAUGUAGCUGAACUGUCCAAAGACCUAUAAAAGAUUGGUGUUGGAAACACACAAACAUCAUUUAUUCACAGCUUUAACAGUCCUUAAAUAGGUGGACGUAAAGUUCUGUUGCCAGUCAGUUGGACAUAUCUUAUCAGUGAAGUGGAUUUGACAGUUAUGACAACGAUGGAUGAGAAAGUGGCCAUGUUUGAUAUGUUAAAAAGUCGGUUUUCUGAUCAGCUGAAGAAUAGUAACUCAGAGAAUUGCACAGAUUUAUCAGACCAAGACGAAGUGGAUGUUGAAUCAAACGCCAAUGACAACAUGAUGUCGAAGGCCCACAAAGACGUUCUCCAGGACAGCCUGACUGUGUUAGUGGACAACAUGGUUCCUGAUGACCUCUUCAACCUCUUCAUCUCCAGGGAUAUCCUCACCUCGAUGGAUGUUCGUCGUAUCAGGGCCGGCUCCACAUGGGAGGCCGUGAACACCGAACUCAUUAGCCACAUCAUGAGGAAGUCCGACUUCGCAUUCACAGCAUUUGUAGAAUCUUUGAGACUCUCAUGUCAAGGUCAUUUGGCCGAUCUGCUGGAACACAGUUCAGUCAGAGAGGAACAACAAAAGAGACCAGGAGUUGAAGAUGUAAUGUCUGCAAAGAAAAAACAACUCAUCAAUAAGCAGCGACCUCAUCUAGUGAGUGACAUGACGCCAGAUGAAAUCUACAACGACCUCAUUUCCCAGAAAGUGUUGACCCUGACCGAGGUCAGUCGGAUUAAGGAGAAGUGGAGGGAGGCCGCCAAUGAGGCACUGUUGGACUACAUUGUGCGGCGGUCAGACCGAGCGUUUGGAGUGUUCGUUGACUCGCUGAGAAAGACUCAACAAGAACACCUGUCCAAACUGUUGGAGUUACCGACCGAUUCGUCUACUUCAGAGCCGGUAGUGAAAAAAUUAAAAGUUAAAGAAGAUGAGAAAGAAGUGAGUUGUGAAGCAGACGCAGAACCCCAGGAUGCACAUGUCUGCACGUUGGAGGAUGUUCAGAACCAGAUCGUGUUGAUGGCGGAAAGUGCAUUCGGAAACAUCCGCCGGAAAGACGACACUCAAGAAUCGUUCGAUCAGUUCUGUAGCGAAAUGGCUCAGACAACAACCAGUAUUAAUAAUUCACUGGAACUGGUGCACGCUCUGAGGACAUUCUGUGAACAGUCCCCGGUAAACGAGGACGAGGACAGUUCUGCUUCAAGUACUGCUGAUAAACUCGCAUCAGCAAGACUUGCUAAUACAUGAUCCAGCCAUUUUGAACCUUUGUAAAUAGUGAACAAAUGUGUACAGUGAAACCCCUCUAAACUAGACGCCUGUGGAACCAAGUAGAAAGACUAGCUAUUAGAUGUAUCUGGUUUUGAGAGGUUGUGUUCUGUACUGAUAUUUAAGAACUGUUCUGAUAUUUAAAAGGAGGCUCUGAAAACAUUUCUCUUUUUUUAGGGAAUUCCAAUUUACCCUGAGUUACGUUUCCGAAGUGGUUAUAGGUUAAUGUACACUCCCUUACAAAGAAAAACAAAAGUUGUUAGAUUUUGUGUAUGUCACAUUAUCCAGUGUCUCUCUAAUUCUUGGAAUUUAUGGAAUAUCUCAAUUUCAGUGCAAGCAAGGCAAUCCAUGCCACUCCUGAAGGUGACCUCCUUCAGCGUUGGUACUGAAUUAGCCAUGUCUUUCUGGUUACCUAGAAUUGCCAAAUGAGCAUGCCCGUUUUGGUGGGGUUUUUUGCAGUAGUAGCUUGUGUUCUGUGAUUGAACUUUUAUUCUCUCUAAUUCUGGUAGGCCUGGCAAUCAGGUAGAUGGUCAAUUGAUUUGUUGGUUCUUUGUGGGUUUAUCCUAUCCUAUGAUGGAUAUAAUAUGUCUUUAUAUUUGUACAUCAUGAAACUUAGGCAUUUUCGGUUGAGGUGUUUAUUGUCUGUGAAGUUUUCUGGAUUGUUGGAUGUGUUCAGUAUGCUGAUGUAGUUAACACACCUACACAGUGAUACAUUUUGGUGGAAGAUGACUUCUUGGGUAACUGGCAUGUUUGGAAGAGUAGAACAUGCUGAAUUAUAGUCUUUCCAUAUUACUUAGACUGAAAUUGAUCAAGUCUUUCUACAAAUAAUUAAGUUGUGAAUGAAGUUUGUUGCACCUCUGAUGUACCUGUUGGUAAGUUCCACAGUGAAAAGGACUUUUAGUUACGGUUGUACACAUUAGAAUCUUCAAGAACAUCAAUAUCUCGUUUUACAGUGUACAUUAGAUUAUCUUCUUUGGUAUAUUCUUGAAAUGGUCUUUGAGAAUGUGUAAUUGCUGGUCAAGUGUGUCAGCUUUUUCAGUGUUGCUCUGGAUCAGUGUUGGUGGGUUAACGUUGUUGUUAAAUUUUUGAUGGGAGCUGUAUGGCUUAGAGUUGUCAUUUCUAUUUGGUGGAUUCUCGUUAUGGAGUUUGUUGCUGGCAGACUACUGGAUGGAGGCCCCAUCUUUUUCUUGGGCUUUCCUAACAAGCUUUCUGUCAGUGUUAUCAGGUGUUAAAUGCUGAAUUGGUAACAGAUUCUGUAUACCUCAAAAGCUAAGAGCAGUUCUAAUUAGCCGUUACUUUUCAGGGGGGUAAAGAUGGUACAAUGUUUUGUUCAAUUCACUGAACAUUUGGUUCACAGACUCUGCAAGCCUGUUGAGCUGGGCACCGUUUCACGAAGCAAUCUUUGCGCUAAGAACACCUUAAAUGCACAAAUAACCUAAUGCAGUAGACAUUCUUUCCAUUUGUCUAUACCAAACUUAAUUCUGUUUUGCCUUGCCUGAGCUGUGUGUUUCUUUUUGGUGGGGUUGCUAGCAAUGAUAUCUCUCUUUAAAGUAAAAGUUUACAUAUUGAAUGCUUCACCAUAUUCAGUGAAUGCUUCACCAUACAGGGUGCAUACACCUUUGUCAGGAUAAAAUUCAAAGCUUUUUUCAGGACUUUCAAGGCCAUUUACAUAUACAUUACCAUCAGGUAGCCAUCUAUAAAAUGAAUGUGAUGAAUGCUAUUACUGUCCAUCAUUGUGUCUUGAUUUUCUGCAGUUGGUCAUCUAUUUCUCUAUCCUAACUGCCUACUUGUAUUCUUUUCUCUCUAGCUGAUUUUCUGAGACUGUUUGAAUUUCCAGUUGCUUCAUCUUUCUCAGCAAAGUUGUCUGCAGAUAGUUGCAAGGCUUCUGAAUCUUUCUUGCACCGGUUUUUUUUGGGGGCUAUUCCAGCACAUCUGUAGCUGCCUUCCUUUUCAGCCUAGUUUCCUCACUGACUGUUUUGUUUCGCUUUUCAUCUAGGUAAGAGUGCUACUGUGUCCUGGCACUCUCUACAGACACCAUCAGUUUCUGGCUCCAGCUGAUGUUAUUGAUGCCGCCAAGAGAACAAAUGUGGUCACACACCAUAUGCUGUGCAACAAAUGACUGAUCUUGUAGGUUCUCCACUUCCACUUGCUUGUUAACAGAGAAACCACCUCUCCACACUUGCUUGUCCAUGAGACAGGAGAAGGAGCAUGGCAACAACCUUCCACAGGAUGCGGUAGGCCGGCUUGUCAGCCAGGUGUUCCUUGAGGCUGGUGGAGGCAGGAUCAAACUCACUAAACUGAGCCUUGUUUGAAGCCACAGUUACAUCCAAAAAGUCUCGCAGCUGCUGCAGCACAUCGUUGCACAGAUCCUCCUUGAUCCGACUGGCUGCCACUGAGAAAUCUAGAUGUAGUAAUCUAGAAAUUGCUGGUUACACGGCGAUCUUUCAAAAUUUUCAAAGCUUUUUUAGAAACGAUACCUAUUUUACCUAUCUGUUCUGAGUACAAUAUUGAUACUGUCAUCACUCUCCUGCUUGUGGCAAUAUUUUGACACAUUCAUAUGUAGCGGCACUAAGGGUUAAAAGUGACUUUGCCUUUUGAUGUUUUAAUACCAAUGUCGGUUUCUUCUUGUCAGUUGCAUGGGUUUACUCCCAUUUGGUCCAAGUGUUAAAUAAACAGUAGAAACGAAUGAGUCACUGAUUGGCUAAUUACCUGCCGUAUUCCGGUGAUAUGGAAAAGUUGGACCUGUCCGCAUUUCAUGUUUUUGGGUUUUUUAAAGUGUCACAUGGCAGUAAACAUAAAACUAUACAAUACUGACAUAAAACGAUGUGCUGUAAGACUUCCAAGAAAUACAGAAGUCCUAUUAAAAUAUACAACUUACAAGUAAAAUAUAAUCUGGACAUUAAUAAGAACACAAGAUAAAGGAAUAAGGCAUUUAACAUAGCAUUUGAAAGUAAAUUAAAAUUAUUAUAGAAUAACUAAAUAACGUGUGUUUAUCCAAGUUUUAAUUAAAAAUCCAACUUGUGUUUAUCCAAGUUUAAUUAAAUAUCCAACUUGUGUUUAUCCAAGUUUAAUUAAAUGUUUGGUAGGUACUGGAGAGGAGUCGUUUCUCCUGUCUGCAGUUGUGUUUUGAAACCCAACAGGUGGUUGUUAUCCAUUUCCCGAUACACUCUCUUCCUGGAGGGUGCAAAACCGUCAAGUUGUCAGAUGGUCAAACAAUCUAGUGUAUGUGAUGAUCUGUCGGUCGGAUGGCAAUACAUAGACAUGGGGCUAGGUAUGGGAUUCAGAACGAGCAUGCAGUAUCUUAGUGCGAUUCUUGGAGUACACAUAUCCAUUUAUUAAAACUUGGUGUGCACCAAACGAAGACAUGACAAACUUGACUUACUACUACUAGACCAGCCAUAAUGAUACUGUACUUGGUUGUUGGAGUUAUACUCAGCAUGCAAAUUUAUACUGUGUUUAUGUUGGGUACGGGUAUAUUGUUUAAACUACACCAGAGAACUGUUCAGAGAGUAUUUCCAAGAUUAUACCCCAGGCGAGAUGCGUAUUCAUUUAAACCUAAGCGAGCCCUUCUCCAAAACAUGCUUUAUCAGGGCUCCUUUACCUGAUAGCCAGAAGCACGUUCAUUAACUAAUUAGGUAAUGCCAGGUUGUCAUCUAAGCGAGCCCUUCUCCAAAACAUGCUUUAUCAGGGCUCCUUUACCUGAUAGCCAGACGCACGUUCAUUAACUAAUUAGGUAAUGUCAGGUUGUCAUCUAAGCAAGCCCUUCUCCAAA